GCUAACGGGGCGCUCACUUCUGCGUGUUCACACGCCCAGACUAAUACCCUUGGCUGUGAGGCGAGCUUCUGUCAGCAUUAUGGGCAAGAACAAGGGCGCGGCCGCCGAGCCGCAGGGCCAGGCGAAGCAAGAUAAAAAGGGCAAACAGAAGCAGGAGCGGCAGCCCCAGCAGCGAUUUGAGCGCAAGGAGGGCGGCUUAACGCAUUACAGCUCGUUCCUCCAGGUCCUGCCGAUGGAUAUUGAGCAUACCAGCCCAGCAGUGCUGCUCUUCUUUGACAAGGAGCGAUACCUUUUCAAUGCCGGCGAGGGCAUUCAGCGACUGUUUCGCGAGCACAGGCUAAAAAUUAGACAGGUGAAUGCGUAUUUCAUCACCCGCGUGAGCACGGAGACGAUGAGUGGCCUAGCAGGCAUGGCACUGUCGGUGACGCCGGGCGAUGCGGCGGGCCUGCUGGGCAAGCAGGUAUCGGCCAAUAUCAAAGGCCCACGCGGUCUGGCCGGCUACGUGGCAGCCUUCCGCACGUAUGUCAACAAGGAGAACACCGUGGCCGUGGAGGAGUUCGACAGCAACACCACUGAGCCGCUGCUCAAGUCGGAUGUGGUCAGCAUCACGCCCUUCCUGGUGCACUCGGCCGUCAGCAGCGGCAGCGCGGCGGCAGCCGAGGCGGAGGCGGAGGCGGCCAAGGGCUCCCCCGCCAAGGGCUCCAGGGCGGAACGGGGGCACAGCCCCGCGGCCAAGCGGCGGCGAGUGGCCCCCGACAACAGCCCUGAGAUGUCGGAUGCAGAGGAGGACGCCAAGGCCGCCGCCGAGGGCCGCGAGCGUCCGGCCGACCUGUCGCCGCCCGCCACCGCCGUGUACCUGGUGCGGCUGUCGGGGCGGCCCGGCAAGUUCCUGCCGGACAAGGCGCGGCAGCUGGGAGUCAAGCCGGGGCCGCUGUUCGGUGAGCUGCAGCGCGGCCACUCGGUGACGCUGGAGGACGGGCGCGUGGUCACCGGCGCCGACGUGUGCGAGCCGCCCGUGCCCGGCCCCGCGGUCAUGGUGGUGGACACGCCGGACGCGGCCAGCCUGGCGGCGGUGGCGGCGCACCCACGGCUGCUGAGCGCGGCGGCGGAGGCCACCGCGGAGACGGACGGCGCGGGGCGGCUGUGCCUGGUGGUGCACCUGCUGCCCGCCGCCCUGGCCGCCGACGGCGCCGCCCUGGCGGCCUGGCGCGGCGCUCUGGGCCCCGCCUGGCGCCACGUGGUUGUGUCGUCGGGCCAGCACCAGCCCAGCGCCAUCCCACGUGCCACCGUCUUCCAGGCCCAGCUCCACGCAGUGCACCCCACCGCCUUCCCGCUCUUCGCCCUGGACAACGCGGCGGCGCCGCCGCAGCUGCCGGAGGGCGCGGCGGCGGCUUCGCCGGCGGCGGCGGCUACGCCGGCGGCGGCCGCCGCCGCGGCCGCGGCGGCGGCUGGCGCCGCCGCAGCAGCGGCGAGCGGGGACGGGAAAGGCGGGGCUGGGGGGAAGAAGGCGGGGGCGGCUGCAGCCGCGGCGGUGGCGGCGGUGCUGGCGCCGCAGGGGCAGGCGCCGGUGCUGCCGCUGCCGGAGAGCGGGGUGGUGGAGGGCGCGCUGUCAGCGCUGCGAGUGAACCUGGUGCCGCCGGCGCGGCAGGGGCUGGAGUACGGCGACGUGUUCAGGUAUGACCCCCCAGCUGCGACGCUGGAGCUUAUGCGGACCAACCCCGACUUUGCCCCGGUGAUGGCGGCAGCGGCGGCGGCGCAGCGCGCGUCAGGGAUGCAAGUGGAGGUGCCGACGGCACCCACGCCGGCAGCAGCGGAUGGGGCCAAGGCGGAGGGAGCAGCAGGGGCCGGGGAUGUGGAGAUGGCGGAGAGGGGGCCGGCGAGUGCGGCGGCCGCGGACAUGGACCCACCCAGCACCGUGGCCAGUGGUGACCGGCGGCAGGCCGAGCUGACGUUCCUGGGCACGGCCUCCUCGCAGCCCAGCAAGUUCCGCAACGUGAGCGGCUGCUACGUGGACCUGUUCGAGCGCGGCGGGCUGCUGGUGGACUGCGGCGAGGACGCCAUGGGGCAGCUGGCGCGGCGGUACGGGGGGGCGGGCGCGGCGGCGCGGCUGGAGGAGCUGGCGCUGGUGUGGGUGAGCCACAUGCACGCCGACCACCACGGCGGCUUGUACCGCCUGCUGGAGUGGCGGGCGCGGCGCGGCUGCCCGCCGCUGCUGGUGGUGGGGCCGCAGCGGCUGUUCGAGGUGCUGGUCAAGUACAGCAGCGUGGUCCCCAUCCAAUUCACGUUCGUGCCCAACCUGGCGCUCUCCAACGCCAGCGCCGACCGCCAGCUGCCCCCCGCGGUGCAGCGCGUGCUUGAGUCCACCCUCGCCCGACUGGGGCUGGCAGGCACGGCCCCCGCAGCAGGGGACGACGGGGCCGCAGGCGGCAAGGCGAAGGAGCAGCAGGAGCAGCAGGAGGGCGAGGGCCAGGGGUGGCGGCGGCUGCCGCCGCGCGGCUUCCGGCCCUUCUACGUGCACCACAUCCACGACGCGCACGGCCUGCGGCUGGAGGGCGAGGCGGGCUGGAGCAUCGUGUUCAGCGGCGACACCCGGCCCUGCAACGAGACCAUCGCUGCUGCCCGCGGCGCCACACUGCUGGUGCACGAGGCUACCUUCGAGGAGUCCAUGGUGGGCGAGGCCAAGGCCAAGAAGCACAGCACCACCGCGGAGGCUGUGUCGGUGGGCGAGCGGGCGGGCGCCUACCGCAUCAUCCUGACCCACUUCUCCACGCGCUACCCCACCCUGCCCGAGCUGGACCUGGCGCCGCACCCGCGUGUGUCCGUGGCCAUGGACCUGCAGGUGGUCAACCUGGCCGACCUGCCCUGGCAGCCGGCGCUGGUGCGGCCGCUUGGGCUGCUGUUCAAACAGCUGGAGGCGGAGAAGCUCAAGGACGAUGACGACGACGAGUGAAGUGGCGUAGGGAAGAGCUCUCCAGUAGGAUCCGUUAACGACCUGUCGUCAAGCCCAAGGGCCAGAGUGCGGCAAGCAGUACAAGCUGAGUGCGGCAAGCAGUACAAGCAUUAGUAUUAGUAAUAGUAUUAGUUGCAGUGAAGGGGCGAGGACGACGACGUGAUGAGGCGGAGCCGUGUAGUGAGGGGGGGGUUAGAGAGGGAGUUGGGAUGGAGCUGCUGUGGCGGCGCUUGUGGGCCUUUGGCGGCUGGAUGGGCGGUGGCGGUGAUUGCGCUGGCGGUUGAGAUAGGCAGAAGUGAUGGCGUCAGAGCGGAUGCGCCCUCUGAGGUGCACCAGCUGACAGGGGUGAAGUCUUACUGAUUAAACCCUGG